AUGGAAGGAGAAUUCAAAGUUUUAGUAGCGACUGAAGAAACGGAUAUCUCAUUCAAAGCAAUUCAAUAUGCAUUUGAUCUCUGUUCAAAAUUAAAAGCUUCAUAUACAUUAUCAUUUAUUUAUAUCGUAGCUUUAAAUCCUGAAGCUAAUGUUCCUUUCUUGCAUAAUUUAGAUAGAGCCAGUAAUCUUGAUAUUCUUAUAGAAGCAAAAGAAUCAGCUUCUAAAAUAAAAGAAUAUCACGGUUUGGUUGGAAAGAUUUUAAAAGAUUACAUUGAAAAUCAACAACCGGAUUUAAAUUUACUAAUAGUUGGAUCAAGAAAUCUCGAUGGCUUACAAAAGGUCCGUGAAUCAUUCCCAAGAAUUUCUUCAGUACUUUCCAUCGUGUUAAGUUCUACAAGUGAUUAUUUGGUUAAAAAUGUUCGUUGCCCAGGUAAAGUUCACGGUUCGCUUGCUAGAGCAGGUAAAGUUAAAUCUCAAACUCCAAAAGUUGAAAAGCAAGAAAAGAAAAAAAAGAAAACGGGUAGAGCCAAAAAACGAAUUAUUUAUAAUCGUCGGUUUGUUAACAUAACCAGUUUCGGUGGCAAGCGAAGGAUGAAUCCCGCACCAACAUCAAGCGUACCUUAA